UACUACCGGUUUAUUAAAACAAAGAUAUUUAGUGAGUGAAGAUGUCCCACUUCGAAAAUGUUGUUUAGUCAUGUGGAAAACUGUAAGAAUUAAAUUGACGAGUUACACCACACGCGGUAUUCCAGUCAUAUUGACACAUUUAUCUGUUUUUUUCCCUUCAAAAAAGUGAAGAAGCAAGAUGUCCACACGCGAACUGAUGGCUCAACGGUGUUGAAGUUGCAUAUCCGUCUGCCUGCUGAUGUAGAGUAUCUCGAGUUAGCGCAAACUCUUUUCGUUUACUGUCUUUGAAUCGGUACUGUAAAGAAGGAUAGUUGAAGUCACACUGCGGGAACAGGCGGUUGACCAAUUUGUCACUUGUCAGAGGAUUGAGUAUAAUGUUUCACAGUGGUAUCUUAUUUCUACGUUUAACCUUACAGAGCUUGCUUUCGGGUUCUGACAUUUACAACCCGAAGGCUAGCGUGAUCUGGUGUAAACAAGUCACUAGCUCAGAAUUCACUGGUUGUUGAGGAGAGGAGGAGGAGGGGGACAUAGCAGGAGAAUGCAGAAAACAUUGUCACGCACACGUUAAUUUUUAACUGGCCAUUGGAAAACAGUUAGGUACUGACAGCAUAAAACACGUGCAUGUAUUCAGUAUCCCUUCUUAAAGACACGUUAAAUGACAGCUUUACAUGCAAUGGUGUUUCAAAACUAACGGUACUGUGUUACAACUGGUUGUUGAGCUGGGCAGCUACCAAUGUUAGCAGACACCAAAGUCAGGGGAAUAACAUUAUUUGGCGUCGAUUAUCAUCGUGUGUGUUGGCGAUUUUCCCCGUUAAAGUUCUAAAUGAAAAACCGGCUAGUGAGAUAAACAACGAAACGACAAAACGGUUCGGGAGAGUUUAUUCGAAACAGGAAAGGACUUUCGACCAUCCUUAUCUCCGAGGCUCUGAUAGGCUUAUUUGAGGCACACGGAACUGAUUACCCUGCCUGCAAUAAUGCCAUUAUUGCCAAGGAUAUUACGCUUGGUAAGACAGGAGACUUCCUCUAUCUACUGUCAUUGGAGGUAUUUAUCAAGCAUGUCCUCCUCUGCAAAGAAAUUGCGGGUCCUGGUGGACAUGGAUGGGGUCAUAGCAGAUUUCGAAGGUGGAUUUCUGAAGAAGUACCGAGCGAGAUACCCAAACGAACCCUUCAUCACCUUAGAGGACCGAAGAGGAUUUUGGGUGUCAACUCAAUACGGCCAGCUAAGAAGUGACCUCUGCGAGAAAGCCAUCAGCAUCUGGGAAUCCAAGGACUUCUUCACUGAGCUGGAACCUCUACCGGGAGGCGUGGAGGCGGUCAAAGAGAUGGCCAAAAUGGAGAACACAGAUGUUUUUAUUUGCACCAGUCCAAUCAAAUUCUACAACCACUGUCCUUAUGAGAAGUAUGCAUGGGUGGAAAAACACCUGGGACCUGACUUCCUAGAACAGAUCAUCCUGACGCGAGACAAAACCGUGGUGUCAGGCGACAUCCUCAUCGACGACAAGCCGGAUAUACUGGGGGUGGAGCCCAACCCUACCUGGGAGCAUGUGCUGUUCACGGCGUGCCACAACAAGCACAUGCCCCCCUGCCCCUCGCGCCGACGCCUCCUGUCCUGGGCAGACGACUGGAAGGGCAUCCUGGAGAGCAAGCGACGCUGAGGGAGGACGGCGUAGCCACACAACACCCCCACACACACACACACACA